AUUCUGUUUUUCUAUCGAAAAGGAUUUUGGGACUCGAGUGACUGACGAAAGGGGAAGGUCGCUUAUUUCUUACUAUCCCCAAAACAUAUAAAGGGGUUGUACCUGAGCUCUAUUGUCUCACAAUCAAGCGGGAGAUCGUCACCAGCCUUAUGGUAGUAGUGCGGGGCAAAUCUAUGUCCGUACGGAGUAUGGAGCAUAAUCAGAGAUAUGGAAAUCCAUAUCUCUGAUUAUUUUCGCUACAUACUGGCGAUAAGGGAUAAGGACUGCUGGGGCAGGGGUGGGAGUCCAUUAUGUGGCAAGGCUCUUAUCAGCACCUGAAUAUAGAUUGCUGCCUAAGUUCACGCACCUCGUCGUGUGGUUUAUAGAGCAGCUUGGCUGUGGUCAUUUGUUGGCAAGCGUCCCAAGGCUGGCUCUGGCAUUUCAACCUCAUAUCCCUUCACAACAAACCUUACCGUUAUACUAGUCAGGUUACAAUUAUAAUACCCACUCAUAGGCAAUCCAUUUCCCCAUGGCUGAUCCUCUCACAGUAGUCGGCAUUGUCGCCAACCUCGUUGGCCUCGUCGAGUUUAGCACGAAAGUCCUAGCGCGUCUCAACGACUUCCAAUCCACCCUCGGGGAGAUUCCAAAGGCCUUUCGACAUAUUAAAGCCGAGCUGCCAGUCCUGCAAGAGACGCUCAAACAAACCAUAGACAAAAUCGACCAUGGUGCUAUCAAAGACUCAACAAAGGCUGCACUGCUACCAGCCGUUCAAGGUUGCAAGAUGCAGAUUGAAGCGCUCGACGAUCUGCUCGCCGAAACCCUACCAGUCGCAAGUGACUCUCGCCUCAAGAAGACUACAAAAGCCCUAUGGAGUAUAAAACAGGAUAGCAAGGUUGAAAGCAUUAUGAAGACUCUCCGUGGUUAUAUCGGAACCCUUACAUUCUACCACGCCGCUGCGUCUUCGACAUUGCAACCAAUGAAAGAUACAAAGCUUGUUGAGAUUCGUCGAUGGCUGUCUUCACCCGAUCCGUUGAUCAAUUACCGGAAAGCAAUCGAACUCCGUCAGCCUGACACUGGGCUUUGGCUUUUAGAGGGCGAAGUAUACUCUAAGUGGAAGAGAAAUGCGUCAUCCUUUGUCUGGCUGUAUGGAAUCCCCGGCUGCGGCAAAACUAUCCUUAGCUCGACGGUCACUCAGGACAUCCUUCUUUACUGUGCCAACGAUCCUGGUAAAGUAGUUGCGUACUUCUACUUUGACUUCACCGAUGCAGAUAAGCAGAAACCCGAGCUUAUGGUACGGUCGCUAAUCUCUCAAGUCUCGGAACAAUGCAUUAAAAUGCCGUCAGCCCUCGAGGCACUAUACUCAUCCUUGGAUAAGGGAAAUCGACAACCUUCUCUCGAUGCACUGAUGAUCGUCCUACAGCAGAUGCUUCAAGAGUUUCCACAGUCAUACCUGAUUCUAGACGCCUUAGAUGAGUGCGCGGACCGAUCUGAGCUGAUGAGAAUCCUCGAGCGGAUGGCUGGGUGGCAGCUCGACAAAAUGCGUGUCCUGGUUACAAGUCGGAAAAUACGUGACAUUGAGUGCUCACUUGAGGACAUUGUAGACAGAGAGUGUAUUAUCUGCCUCCAACACCAAGUAGUAGACAAGGAUAUUCAAACUUAUGUUCGCCAGAGGUUGUCCGAGGACAAGGGACUAAAAAAAUGGCAAAAAGAUGCUGAAAUUAGGCGGGAGAUUGAGACUACCCUUAUGGAAGGAUCUCGCGGAAUGUUCCGGUGGGCUGUCUGCCAGAUGGACGCAUUAGGGAAGUGUCGCACUCGGGUAGCACUUCAAAAGGCACUAAAAGCGCUACCAACAACACUGGAUAAGACAUAUGAAAGAAUCCUGUGUACAAUUAGCGACGAGGACUCAGAGUAUGCCAUACGCAUCCUUCAGUGGCUGGCCUAUUCAUCUAGGCCGCUAUCAGUGGAAGAGGUCGCAGAGGUGGUCGCUAUCAACGUAGAGCGAGAGACUGCCUAUGACCGGGAUGAGGUCCUUGAAGACCCGAUGGACGUUCUAGAUAUUUUCAUGAGUCUUGUCUCAGUGGUUAAGACAGAAGUGCCUUUCUCGAGUCAACGGAAUCGCCACUUGAGUACAACAUUCCAGACUGUCACAUUGGCCCAUUACUCCGUUCAAGAAUACCUCGUCUCCGCCCGCAUCUGUGAGGGCCAUGCCGCGAGAUAUAGCAUGCGACCGGCUGCGUGCCAUAGUUAUAUCGCAAAGGGCUCCAUUGGUUAUCUUCUCCAAUUUGAAAAAGGAUUGUUCGAUCGUUUCGAAUCUGCUGGGUCUCUCAAACAGGUAUAUAGACUAGCUCAAUACUCAGCUGAGCACUGGUUAAUCCAUACCCGUAACGGAGAAGAGGGCGAUAAUCGGCUGAGUUAUUUGGCCACGAAGUUCCUCUCCACAGGAGAGGGUGCUUACUUGAGCUGGCUUCGUCUAUACGACCCAGAGAAAUCAUGGGAUACGCCUAACUUUAGAAGAGGAUUGGACUCAUGUCCUAAUCCACUGUACUAUGCAUCACUUGGUGCUAUAGCUGACACCGCUAACCAGUUAAUUGAGGAGGGCGUCGACGUCAACGCGCAAGGAGGACGAUACGGGAACGCGCUCCAGGCGGCAUCAUGCAAAGGCCACGACAAGACCGUCGAGGUGCUACUAAGCAAGGGCGCCGACGUCAACACGCAAGGGGGACGAUACGGCAACGCGCUCCAGGCGGCAUCAUUCGAAGGGCACAACAAGACCGUCGAGGUGCUGCUGAGCAAGGGCGCCGACGUCAACGCGCAAGGAGGAGACUACGGCAACGCGCUCCAAGCGGCAUCAGCUGCAGGCCACGACAAGAUCGUCGUGCUGCUGUUAAGCAAGGGCGCCGACGUCAACACGCAAGGAGGAUUCGUCGGCAGCGCGCUCCAGGCGACAGCGGUGCUGCUGAGCAAGGGCGCUGGCGUCAACGCGCAAGAAGGACUCUACCGCAACGCGCUCCAGGCGGCAUCAGCUGAAGGCCACGACAAGAUCGUCGAGGUUCUGCUGAGCAAGGGCGCUAACGUCAACGCGCAAGGAGGAGACUACGGUAACGCGCUCCAGGCAGCAUCAGCUAAAGGGCGAGACGAGAUCGUCAAGGUGCUGCUGAGCAAGGGCGCUGACGUCAACACGCAAGGAGGAGACUACGGUAACGCGCUCCAGGCAGCAUCAGCUAAAGGGCACGACGAGAUCGUCAAGGUGCUGCUGAGCAAGGGCGCUGACGUCAACGCGCAAGGAGGAGACUACGGUAACGCGCUCCAGGCAGCAUCAGCUAAAGGGCACGACGAGGUUGUCGAGGUGCUGCUGAGCAAGGGCGCCAACGUGAACGCGCAAGGAGGAUUAUUUGGCAACGCGCUCCAGAUAGCAUCAUUCGAAGGGCAAGACAAUACCGUCGAGGUGCUGCUGAGCAAGGGCGCUAAUGUCAACGCGCAAGGAGGAUUAUUGGGCAACGCGCUCCAGGCUGCAUCAUCUAGGGGCCACAAGAAGGUCGUCGGGGUGUUGCUAAGUAAGGGCGCAAACGUUAAUGCGCAAGGUGGGUAUUUCCGCAACGCGCUCCAGGCGGCAUCAUCUGGGGGCCACAACAAGGUCGUCGAGGUGCUGCUAAGCAAGGGCGCCGACAUAAUGAGCAAGGGCGCUAUGCAAGGUUUGCGAAGUUAAGUCUACCUCAAGCCCAACCCACCACCUUCCUAUUAGUAUUCCGUUAUAUAUAUUGAUAAGAUGUGAUUAUACUAUCUGGUAUCCAGAAUACUGGGAAUACUGCAAGGCCGUAUUCACAGCCGAUCCCAACGGAGCAUGGGAGACCGAAUACAUACCACGAUUUUUGGAGGUUGCUGAUUGCUAUGAUGCUUGGAGCUAUUAUCCUCAAACUCUUGGAUACUGAAACAUUUUCUAGAGAUAGCAGUGAAUUGUGCUACAUGUGCUGGGCACUUUCAUUUCUAGGGAGCUGGGGGGG